UAUCUGGGGAGCCACACAAGCGCAGCAUGACGAACGGCUUCGGGCUGUGCUAAAACGCGUCCAGACAGCUGGAAUCACUCUGAACCGCGAGAAGUGCGAGUUCAAUGUCACCGAGAUUUCGUUCUUGGGUCACAAAAUCGGAUGCAACGAGGUACGUCCCGAUAAACAGAAGCUCGCCGCCGUCACAGAGAUGCGUCACCCGACUUCGAAGACGGAACUACGACGCAUGAUGGGCAUGGCUACUUACCUAGCCCGCUUCGUGCCCCGCAUGGCCGAAGUUCUUCAACCUCUGUUUUCUAUGAUAAGUUCACGACAGGAAUUUGUGUGGGGCCCUGCGCAAGAAGAAGCCUUCCAGAACUGGAAGACGCUUCUUUCGUCAGAUCCUGUUCUAGGAAUCUACGACCCCAACCGCGAGACAGUGGUAUCGGCCGAUGCCUCAUCGUACGGUCUCGGGGCCGUCCUCCGCCAAAAACAAGACAAAGGCCGGGACUUGACGGUGGCCGACACUCUUUCCCGGUCACCGCUUCAAAAAGCGGAGUCCACUGAACUGGAGGACGACGUCCAGGGCUACCUCCAUUGGGUGGCGUCAUCAAUCCCGGUGACAGCCCCCAGCUUGCAACAGAUCGCCGAGGAACAAAAACGAGACCCGAACCAGUCCACUGAAGAAUGGAUUCAGUCCUGCGGAGCUGCUCAUGGGCCGGAGACUGCGCACGGCCCUUCCGACAUCGAGCGAAAGCCUUCAGCCCCGGACGCCAGACUUACGGAAGCUGGCGGCUUUUGAAAAGACGCAGCGUUGCCGCCAGAAGAAAGACUACGACCGACGCCAUGGAGUUCGGGACUUAUCGGAGUUGUCCGAUGGAACAGAGGUGUGGAUCAUAGACCUCCAAAGAAAAGGCAUCGUUCAGGGGCGCCCUGCGGAGCCAAGGUCGUAUUGGGUCGAAACCGAUGAGAGUUCUGUGCGAAGAAACCGGACGCAUCUAAUCCCACUGCCCGCGACGACUUCCGAAAACCGUUCAGAAACAGUGCAAGUUGCCCCGGAGUCGGCGGAAACAUCCAGUGAUCAGAGGACUGUAGCACCACAGUGCAACGACACGAGUCACACUCACACGCGAAGUGGAAGAUGUGUGGUUCCUCCAGCACGGUUCCAAGCGUCGUGACCCAACAGUUUGCGCCUGGAAAC